CCGCUCUGGCCUUGCGGGUCUCCGUCACCUCUCCUGUGGCAAGUUGUGCAGCAAAAUUGCUCGAUCCAGCCCAGCCAUGGACCGCAAAGUGGCCCGAGAAUUCCGGCACAAGGUGGAUUUUCUGAUUGAAAAUGAUGCCGAGAAGGACUAUCUCUAUGACGUUCUUCGGAUGUACCACCAGACCAUGGACGUGGCCGUGCUGGUGGGAGACCUGAAGCUGGUCAUCAACGAGCCCAGUCGCCUGCCGCUGUUUGACGCCAUCAGGCCCCUGAUCCCCUUGAAGCACCAGGUGGAAUAUGACCAGCUGACGCCCCGACGCUCCAGGAAGCUGAAGGAGGUGCGUCUGGACCGUAUGCAUCCCGAAGGCCUUGGCCUCAGCGUGCGUGGGGGCCUCGAGUUCAGCUGUGGGCUCUUCAUCUCCUACCUGAUCAAAGGUGGCCAGGCAGACAGCGUUGGGCUCCAGAUAGGGGACGAGAUUGUCCGGAUCAACGGCUACUCCGUCUCUUCCUGCACCCACGAGGAGGUCAUCAAUCUCAUCCGAACCAAGAAGACCGUGUCCAUCAAAGUGAGACACAUCGGCCUGAUCCCUGUGAAGAGUUCUCCUGACGAGCCCCUCAAAUGGCAGUACGUGGACCAGUUUGUGUCAGAGUCUGGGGGUGGGCGGAGUAGCUUGGGCUCCCUUGGGAACCCAGACAAGAAGGAGAAGAAGGUCUUCAUCAGCCUGGUGGGCUCCCGGGGCCUUGGCUGCAGCAUUUCCAGUGGGCCUGUCCAGAAACCUGGCAUCUUCAUCAGCCAUGUGAAGCCUGGCUCCCUGUCUUCUGAAGUGGGGCUGGAGACUGGGGACCAAAUUGUGGAGGUGAAUGGCAUCGACUUCUCCAACCUGGACCACAAGGAGGCCGUGAACGUGCUGAAGAGUAGCCGCAGCCUGACCAUCUCCAUCGUUGCUGGAGCGGGCCGCGAGCUGUUCUUGACAGACCGGGAGCGCCUGGCGGAGGUGCGGCAGCGGGAGCUGCAGCGGCAGGAACUCCUGAUGCAGAAGCGGCUGGCCAUGGAGUCCAACAAGAUCCUCCAGGAGCAGCAGGAGAUGGAGCGGCAAAGGAAAAAGGAAAUUGCCCAGAAGGCGGCAGAGGAGAAUGAGAGAUACCGGAAGGAGAUGGAGCAGAUCAUGGAGGAGGAAGAGAAGUUUAAGAAGCAGUGGGAAGAAGACUGGGGCUCCAGGGAUCAGCUGCUCUCGUCUAAAACCAUCACCGCUGAGGUGCACCCCGUCCCCCUCCGCAAACCCAAGUCCUUUGGGUGGUUUUACCGUUACGAUGGCAAAUUCCCAACCAUCCGGAAGAAAGGGAAGGAGAAGAAAGCCAAGUAUGACAGUCUGCAGGAGCUGAAGAAGAAUAAGAAGGAACUGGAGUUUGAGCAAAAGCUUUACAAAGAGAAAGAGGAAAUGCUGGAAAAAGAAAAGCAACUGAAAAUCAACCGGCUGGCCCAGGAGGUAUCCGAGACAGAGCGGGAAGACCUUGAGGAGUCGGAAAAGAUUCAGUAUUGGGUGGAAAGGCUCUGUCAGACGCGUCUUGAGCAGAUCUCCUCUGCCGAUAAUGAGAUUCCAGAGAUGACCACGGGGCCCCCACCUCCCCCACCUAACGUGUCUCCGUUGGCCCCGCCCCUGAGGUGCUUCGCGGGUGGGCUGCACCUCCACACCACGGACCUGGAUGACAUUCCCCUGGACAUGUUCUGCUACCCUCCCAAAACUCCCUCUGCCCUGCCUGUGAUGCCCCACCCGCCUCCCUCCACUCCAGCUCCCAAGCUCCCAGCACCCCCCUCAGGCCGUGUGACUGCCUCGUCCUCACCCUGGGUGCAGCGCCCUCCGCCCCCCACCCCCAUCCCUCCACCACCGUCCAUCCCCACCCAAGACCUCACUCCUACCCGCCCGCUACCCUCGGCCCUGGAGGAGGCGCUGGGAAGCCACCCCUUCCGCGCCAGGGACUCUGGAGGCACGUCGGAGGACUGGGAGGCCCGCACCCAUGGCGGGAAGUCGGCCAACUCCUCUGUGCCUGAGCAGAGCUUCCCACCCACCCCUAAGACAUUUUGCCCAAGCCCACAGCCACCACGGGGCCCCGGGGUGUCCACCAUCUCCAAGCCUGUCAUGGUCCACCAGGAAGCCAACUUCAUCUACAGGCCGGCUGUUAAGUCUGAGGUCCUGCCACAGGAGAUGUUGAAGAGGAUGGUGGUUUACCAAACACCGUUCAGACAAGAUUUCCGGAAAUACGAGGAAAGCUUUGACCCCUAUUCCAUGUUCACCCCUGAGCAGAUCAUGGGGAAGGACAUUCGAAUGCUGCGCAUUAAGAAGGAGGGAGCCUUGGACCUGGCGCUGGAGGGCGGUGUGGACUCCCCGAUCGGGAAGGUGGUGGUCUCCGCUGUGUAUGAGGGGGGCGCUGCGGAGCGGCAUGGCGGCAUCGUGAAAGGGGACGAGGUCAUGGCAAUCAACGGCAAGGUCGUGACGGACUACACCCUGGCUGAAGCUGAGGCCACCUUGCAGAAGGCCUGGAACCAGGGGGAUUGGAUCGACCUGGUUGUUGCCGUCUGUCCACCCAAGGAGUAUGACGAUGAGCUGUAACUCUCCUCUCCCUCCCCUGCAGCCUAAAGUCCCCAGCCGGUCCGAAAGCUCCUUGAAGACCGUGCCGUGCACACACACAGGUUUCUCCUGCAGCUGGAGCCCAGCGGCCCCACGGUGAUGUGGCAGGCGGGCUGCGGGGCCCUGUCUACCAUGCUGCGUGCAAUGCCCAUGAAGUGACCACGCUGCCAGCCGGUUCUUUGGACUCGUGUCUGGAGGGGCACCCAAGGCACCAUAGCAAAAUCAUCCCGGGGCUUGCUGAUGGCUGCUAAGGCCCUUCUGCUCAGGACGCCUGAGCGGGAGCCAAAGUGACUGGGACCUGGUGUCCACAGCCCUUGAGACCUGCCGCAGGUGGCACACUGCCAU